CUUGUCACGAUUAACUUCACGCGCCCUCUUUUUUGGGCCUGUAGUGGGCCUUUCAUUUUCACAGUCGUCUUUUACUGUUUCUUAUCCGUCGGAGAGCUUCCACAAGAACUCCGGCGACGACGACGAUGGCGCUCGUCACCCUCUUCGUGUCGGCGACGAAGAUUGCCGGAGUCUUGGCGACGAUUACCGUAGCGGCCAAUGCGUUCUCCUACUCCCGUUUCCGGCGCCAGAAUUUGCGGCGGUUCCGGUCUCCGAUCGACGAGUCGGCGGAUGUUCUCGCCGAUUUCAGUUCCGACGAGAAUGAGAAUGGUGGAUUCUUCUUCGGGUUGGCUACGGCACCUGCACACGUGGAGGACCAGCUCAAUGAUGCUUGGCUCCAGUUUGCAGAAGAACAACCUUGUGACAAGCCAGAAUCACAACCUGACAAGCCACUGGCAGAUGCAGUGACGGGUUCGGUGGCUGCUGAUGGAGGGGCUCAGGGAGUAUCGACGGGGAAUAAGAAAGGGAAGAAAAAGAAACGUCUUGAGCUUACUAUGAAAACAAUGAUCAGAAAGUUGGAGAAGUACACGGAUGAAAAAACAGAAGAGCCUGUUUCCAAUGAAAAAUGCCAUCACAAUGUUGCUGCGUGGCAUAACGUUCCCCAUCCGCAGGAGAGGCUAAGGUUUUGGUCUGAUCCUGAGACAGAACUGAAGCUAGCCAGAGAUACUGGAGUCACUUUGUUUAGGAUGGGAAUUGAUUGGUGUAGGAUCAUGCCAAAGGAACCGAUCAAUGGGGUUAGGGGAGCAGUAAACUUUGCAGCCCUUGCACGGUAUAAAUGGAUAAUCAAUAGAGUUCGUGCCUACGGAAUGAGGGUGAUGCUGACCCUGUUUCAUCAUUCGUUACCGCCAUGGGCUGGUGAUUAUGGUGGCUGGAAGAUGGAGAAGACUGUCGACUACUUCAUGGAUUUUACCAGGCUUGUUGUGGAUUAUGUGUUCGAUAUGGUAGACUAUUGGGUAACGUUUAAUGAACCUCAUGUCUUCUGCAUGCUUACCUACUGUGCCGGAGCUUGGCCUGGUGGUAAUCCCGAUUUCCUGGAGGUGGCUACAUCUGCUCUACCUAUGGGUGUUUUCAAUCAGUCCUUGCAUUGGAUGGCUGUUGCUCACUCAAAAGCCUAUGAUUAUAUUCAUGAAAAAACGGGCUCUACGGGAAAAGCUUUGGUAGGGGUUGCACACCAUGUCUCCUUUAUGCGGCCGUAUGGCCUCUUUGAUGUUGGUUCUGUUACACUUGCCAAUUCUCUCACAGUAUAUCCAUUUCUGGAUAGCAUUGCUGACAAGGUGGAUUACAUAGGCUUAAACUAUUAUGGGCAGGAAGUAGUCUGCGGUCCUGGAUUAAAGCUCGUAGAGACAGAUGAGUAUAGUGAAUCUGGAAGAGGGGUAUAUCCCGAUGGUCUCUUCCGUGUUCUGAUGCAGUUCCAUGAGAGAUACAGACAUCUAAAUGCUCCUUUCAUCAUCACAGAAAACGGGGUUUCUGAUGCAACUGAUGUGAUUCGGCGGCCUUACUUGAUCGAACAUCUCCUUGCUACUUAUGCAGCUAUGUUAAUGGGUGUUCAAGUUCUUGGUUACCUGUUCUGGACUAUUUCCGACAACUGGGAAUGGGCAGACGGAUAUGGUCCGAAAUUCGGACUUGUUGAAGUUGAUCGAACCAGUGAUCUUGCCAGGAACCCCCGGCCGUCAUACCAUCUCUUUUCAAAGAUAGUGAAAAGCGGUAAAAUCACACGUCAAGACCGAUCCCGUGCUUGGACAGAUCUCCAAAGAGCUGCCAAAGAGGGUAAAAUGCGCCCCUUUUACCGCGCUGUCAAUAAACAUGGUUUAAUGUACGCAGGAGGCCUGGACGAGCCUGUGUUGCGGCCUUACGUCGAGAGGGAAUGGAGGUUUGGGCACUACGAAAUGGAGGGUCUUCAGGAUCCGCUGAGUCGUUUGGCGAGAUCCCUUCUCCUCUGGCCUCUUUCCAUCAGGAGGAGCAGAAAAGCCGAUAUGGAGGACACUAAUGAUGAUGAACUCAUUCUUCAGCCUCUCCACCUUAGCCACUGAUUAGGAAUUCACCAACACAUUCGUUCUCGUUCUUGUAACUAUUUCCAUGUUCUCCGAAUGAAAAGAAAACUGUCAAGUCCUUUGGUAUAUGUAACGGAAAAUGGAAAACCGGCACGAUUUUCUUGCGCACAACCCUGGAACGGUACGCUGUUCACUCGACGAAUCGAGUCUAUGCGAGUCCGAAGUCUUUGAAGCUUCCUUCAAUU